AUGCCUCAGUGGCAUGAGUUCAAUCGAGCCUUACUGACCAGAUAUUCAGAAACCAACCCGAUAUCCUGCGAUCCGUGCCGCCAGAAAAAGUGCAAGUGCGAUCGAAUUCUACCCGUCUGCACGCAAUGUACCGACCCCACGCGAUGCAUCUAUCCUGAAAGCGGCAAACGAGGCCUCCCGCAAGGCUACAUCACACACUUAGAAGCCCGCCUCGCCAGCACCGAGCAAGCCCUCUUCGCGGUCUACGAGCAUCUUCGCUCGCUGGGCCUGCAUACGGAGAUCCCGGAGGGUUUGGGCGAGCAGCAACCGAGUCGAUCGCAGACGCGGGUCGCGAAGAUGGCCGAGUGGGAACGUCUUCCGCUCAAUGCGCGCGGGGACUUAGAGCGGUGGUGGGCGGAACGGAGGGGAGGGGUGGCAGGUUAUUCGGAUGGGCUGGCUGGGGAUACUGCUCAAACGCAGACUGCGGUGUUGGGGUCCGGUAGUAGAGAGGAUGCAGGGGGUCAGGAGGAAGUUAGAGAGAGGGAGGGGAGGGCGGAGGAGUUGGCGAGAGGGGAGGCAGGGGUUUAUUUCUGA